CAAGCUGGGAUUUGAUGUUUACUGACUAUUUGUUUAUUGGAGCUUAUAUAUACUAGUGUUAUAACACAUUGAUUUUAAUUUAUUUUGUAUAAAUUUCGAAAGCUUAGAAAUCUCCUAUGUAUAAAACAGUAACAUACCUUUUGGGUUGUAAAGGAGCUACCUUGCCUGUCCGAUUUCGGAACCAACUACUGAUUGUAGCAGCAAUAGUGUGACGCAGUCGCACAUGGGACACUUCUUGGGCUUGCUCAGUUUCCAAAUUCGUGUACCCCUGGCCCUUCUACGCAUGGGCCAUUAACAUGUGCGUGAUCAUCUGUGUAGAAAACCCAGCUUGACAUGCUCAACUAUAACCCAUAGUUACGAGAACCACACGUGCAUCUUUAAAGUUCUAUAGUAUUGAAAUGUCACCACUUCGUACCGAAAUUAAAACUAGGCCUAGGAGCUUCUUUUAUGCAUUAUAUGACGUCUCCAUGUUAGGCUUAGUUUGUGUUCUCAUUUUCUUCGGGUCCGAGAUCGUAGUGUCAUUCUGUGAGAGAAACGAAUUUCCCAGCUGAAAAGUAUGCAAACAAAUGUAAUGAGCAUGACAUCGGAUCUUGGCUCUGCUGUCAGUUCCACUGUUAACCACAAUGUGAUUGAUGGUGAUGAAAUGAGCUCUGAGCCAUCAACUCCUGAGAGCAAUUCCUACAAUGAUUCAGACUUGCUGUCUUCUUCUACUAUUGGAGAUGAUGUUACUCUCCAGUUGGCUGCAUCAGGUCCUGUAGGUGUGGCUGCCGCAGCUGCCAUAGCUUCAGGAAAAAAGCAUAACAGGUCAUAUUCAUUUGAGAUGAACCCUUCCAUACGAAAACGUCAACAAACAAGGCUUAUUAGAAAGCUGAAAGCCACAGUGGAUGAGUACACAACUCGAGUAGGGCAACAAGCAGUUGUACUGAUUGUAACUCCAGGAAAACCUCAUAAUAAUUUCAAAGUGUUUGGUGCACAUCCACUAGAGAAUGUGGUCAGAAACUGUCGGCAGGUUGUGAUGCAGGAGUUAGAUGUUGCUCUGGCACACCAUGCUCCUCCCCAAAAUCCAGAUGACCCUACUCUUCAUGAAUUACCCCCACUUGUCAUAGAUGGUAUCCCCACACCUGUAGAGAAAAUGACACAGGCUCAGCUUCGGGCAUUUAUUCCACUCAUGUUAAAAUAUUCAACUGGCCGAGGAAAACCAGGAUGGGGAAAAGAAUCAACUCGGCCCAUCUGGUGGCCAAAGGAUCUUCCAUGGGCUAAUGUACGCAGUGAUGCUCGUGCUGAUGAAGACAAGCAAAAGGUAUCCUGGACCCAUGCUCUAAGGCAAAUUGUUAUCAACUGCUAUAAGUAUCAUUGUCGAGAAGAUCUUCUCCCAGCUUUUUAUGAGGAAGAGGAGAAAGAGAAAGGAAAGGUGAUUGGUCAAAAUCAGAGAACUGUGCAGACUUUAGCUGUGUCUGUAGUUGGCACAGCUGGGUCUGUUGCCACUGCACUUGCUGGGGCAGCGGGGACAUUAUACACACAACCUUUGGUAGCACAUUAUGCUCCAGCUGUUGUCCAGACCAUUAGCAAUCCUGAUGGCACAGUUUCCAUCUUGCAAAUUGAUCCUGGUAGUACCAUGGUCACGCUACCUGAUGGCUCUCAUGCUCAAGUUAGGACAGUUAAUGCUGUCAAUUCUCUUCCUUUAGCAAUUCAGAAUGUAGUUUCUGAUGGCACACAGAAUGUUCAGACCUUAGCAGAGGUUGCUGCUGCUUCGCAACCAGAAGAGACAAACCAGCGUAACCAACAGCUGGCAUCACUCAAUGUUGAUCUUCAUGGUGAAGCAGUGUCAACGCUUAAUCAGGAUGGUCAGAUCAUCCUUACUGGUGAAGAUGGCACACAAAGUGCAUUUCCAGUUUCUGGUAUGGUCACCAUUCCAAUGUCAGUGUACCAGACAGUGGUUACUAGCAUGUCACAGCUGUCUGACUGUCAAACUAGUCAUCAAGGACUGCAGGUUUCAAUGGCUAACUUGGAGACAGCAGAGUGCAUAGACACAAAACCUGUUGGAAUUGUCAGUUCUUCAGACAGAGUAGAUCCUAUACCUUUGAAUAUAGGAAAAACUGAAAACUAGAAAAAUCUACGUAUAGGUUUUAAUUGUGGAUGUUAAAGAUUGUAUCUUAAAUUUAGGUUGUCAUUAGUGUUUAUUUACAGAUUCUUCCAGCAAAUGUCAAAUCUAGAAACUAAUGUGAUUUUGAAUAUUAGAAUGUGCAAUCAUGUGGGAAAAAAUGUCAUUGUAAAUGAGCUAUUAUUUUCUUAGUCCUGACACAAGGACACCUGUAUUCUUUUUAAUAGUUUAGUGAUAGCCACAGUAGUUAUUCAUUGGUACACAUUUCAAAGAUUAAAAUGUGAACUGGUUAAAUUGACAUGAUCAGUAACACUAAAAAUUCUAAAAGUUUGAUAAUGCUGGAAGAAGGCAAUAACAUUAAAUAUUUUAAGCACAGUAGUACAGGUAUUUGAUAUGCUUUAGAAAAAUGUAAAAUAUGGCACAUUGUAAAUGUGUAUAAAACAAAUUAUACUACAGGGAAAGGGGUGGUUUUGUUAUCGUAAUUUUAUGUAGAUAUUUGAUAAAAGGAUAAUUAUUUAAAGAGGGAGGAAACAGAACAACUGAGUUUUUGGUAAUCAAACUAAAAGCAUUUUAAGAAUUGUAAAUUACACUUUGCUGACAGAUAUGUAGAUCUUAAGUCUUCCAAAUAAUAUGGGUUCAGAGUAGGUUAACACAAAUCUUAAUGUGCAGUCAAAACAAACUUUAAAAUAUGUAAUAAACUUGGCCAUGCAGUUAAAUAUUUUCUGCAUAGACAGUUUUUAUAGCUGUAUGAGUUCUAUUCUUUGCCUUAUAGCAUGAAUUAUACUAUUAUUAAAAAAAACAAUUGUGUAUCAGUAAAAAUACUGCAAUUUGUUUUUGUUUCAGAAAUCAAAAUUACUGUAUUGAAAUUCUAAAGACUAAUCCAUACUGCCUAGCUUGGUAUAUAAUUUACAUUUGAAAUGACAUGGUAAGCCUUUAAAGACUUUAUAAAAGUUUUGUAGUGAGGAGAAGUGUUACUCAGUAUUCACAUAAAGGCCCAAAAAAAGUUAAUAUUACAAGGAAUUGGCAUCAUUACAAUGCUUUUGUGUUGCAGGUUUAGUAUGUUUUUUUUUAAUGUAAAUUUACUUUUAUGUUUUUUGUUUCUUCCAAGAUGAAGUCAGGUUUUUUAAACAUGAUAUGCAAAAUGAUGUCUAUACCCAUGUAAUAAGUGAAAGAAAAAUAUAUCUACAACUUAUAUUUGUCAAAAUGUGUUAUUAAUAUUGCUUUUAAGAAGUUAUGUAACUAUGUUGUGAACCAAAGCAUUGGAGUCAUGUAUUAACUAUGUAUAGAUUAUCAUAGCUCAAGUUGUUGGUUGGGGAAUUUCUUCCUAUUUACAGGAAGUAGUCUGGGAUCGAUUUAGCUUUAUAGUUCUAUUUCAGUAAUUCCAUAUCAUAGACUGUUUUUCUUGUAUCAUCCUCUUGCUUUUUGGGGGAUUCACAAAUACAGUCAAACAUAAAAUUUCAACUCUUCAAUCUUGUACGUGUAAAAUGACCCAUAGAUCUCCAUCACCAUAAUAUGUGAACAUAUUGUACACAACCUUCAGAUCCCAGAUAUAAGUACAUUUGUGAGGUUAGGAUAGUAUCAACAUGUAUAUUAUUCAUGAUGUCAGAAAAACACAUGGGUUCAAGAAGUCUUAAUUUAAAAUGAUAAGAACCAUAUAACCUCAGCGCUUUCAAAAGGUGGACUUUUCAAAAGGGUUCGAGUUAUAGGGUUUUUAUCAUUUUAACAUGUAUAUUAUUCCACUGUAUAAUUAUCCUCCAUAGUUUUUCAUAUGGUGUCCUAAUUAUAGGAAUAUCAUUUAUUUUAUUUUAAACUUCUGAAGGUUUAUGCCACAAAUAUGACUACAAAACCUACAAGUUUGUGUUAAGAGCGUAUUCCAACAUCAUUGGGAAAACAUUAUCAAUAUUAAAAUGAGGCAGAACUUAUUAUGUGUUAAAAGCUAAAUACUACAAAAUAAAAAAGAUCUUUGUUGAUAGAGUUGGCUGUAUUGUACUGUUUAGUAAAACAAAAAAUACUAAUUAUGUAUAAUUAACUUUAACACGUAAGCUCUUUGAAAAAAAUUAAAUCAAAGGUGAGAUAGUGCAUCCUGACAAUAUACGAGUUACAAUAAGAUCCAAGUUUAUGACAUAACAACAUUGAUAGUAAUAAAGUUCUGGGCUAUAAUAUACAUAUUUGGAAAAUUUUAUUUUCAAAUUGAAACAUGUAUUUGAAGU